AUGUUGAUUCCGGUUGUGUUUGUGCUCUUUGUCUUGAUCCGGGCCAUGGAUCGCAUCUUCCUCUACAGAGUGCAGAAAUCCAUGCAGAACUAUACAGGCAUCGUCAUGAGCCUCUACUGGCCCCCGAUGGUGCAGCUCAUGUGUUUCUUCGUCUCUCUCGGGUACCUUGCCCGGAAGCGCUACCUCGACGGCGACAAGUCCUUCAACAUGAGGUGGUUCUCUCCGUUCAGCCCGAGGGCUUCCUCGCAGGGGCCUGUGCCGCAGUGCUGGAUUGCCCAGUUUGCCCUCUGGGACCAGUUGAAUGCCAUCGUCAGCGCACCACCCGGUCCUUUCAUUCCGCUGGUGCUGCAGACGCCGCUGAACAAUUUGAACGUACUUUUCACCGCCUUCAUCGCCUUCUUCUACCUGAAGACCCGCUACAGGAUGGUCCACUAUGCCGGAAUCACCCUCAUCCUCUGUUCCUGCCUCGUGGGUGUCGUGGUUGAGUUGCAGGGCCCUGCACCCAUCCUUUGCAGUGGACUCAAGCAGGCGAAGGAAGCCAUGAGCCAGUCUUCGGUUGCUGCCCUGGUCCCGGAGUCGGUCCGGGCAAAGGUUACCGAGGCCUCGGAUGAUUGUGUCAUCGGCCUCCCUCCCUACAAGAACGCACAAGGGGAGCUGGUCCAUGUGGACUUCGGCAUCCUUCUCUUCAUGUACGCCCUCUUCAUCGUGGCCAUUAUCCCUUCUGCAUUCUCGAACUGCUACAAGCAGAAGAAGCUGAAGCAGGUGAACUUGGACGUGAUGUGGUCCUUUUUCUGGGCUGGCAUGUGGCAGGUGAUUUGGGGCUUCUUGAUGUUCCCGCUGAACUGGAUCCCAUGGCCGGAGCCCGGAGGUCAGAACGAGCAGUCUCCCUCCAAGUUGGGUGAAGACUUGGCGGACUCCUGGACUUGCUUUCUGGGAACGAACCCCAAGCCUGAGGUGACCAGCUGCGACGCUGAGCCUGCCUAUGUGUGGUUUGGCUUCUACCUCCUCUUCAACGUCUUCUUCAACCUCUUCUUCUUGUGGCUCAUCAAGCGGCUAUCAGGUACCUGGGCGGCCAUCGGCUCCAUCCUUUGCGGCAACCUCUGUGGAAUCUUCAGCCAGUACGAGCUUUUUGCUGGAAAGUCCGCACGCAAGCUCACCAUGGAGCAGUGGUUGGCGUUAGUCUUGUCCUCGAUUGCCAUGUGGGUUUACAACAUUGAGGAAGAGACCGAUAUCGAUGGCAACAGCGUCUACGCCGAGAAGCCGAAGGGAGACCAUCGAUAUGACGAGCACGGACCUAUGGGCCUUGACCCGGAGUCGGACUACGAUUCCGAG